UAUCAAAAGUGAAGAAAGUAUAAAGAGUGUUGAAAGUAAAGAAAGUGUGGAGAGUGUCGAAAGUGAAGAAAGUGUAGAGAAUUUCGAAAGUGAAGAGAAUAUCGAAAGUGAAGAGAGUGUCAAAAGUGAAGAAAGUGUAGAGAGUGUUAAAAGUGAAGAAAGUGUAGAGAGUGUUGAAAGUGAAGAAAGUGUAGAGAGUGUCGAAAGUGAAGAAAGUGUAGAAAGUGUCGAAAGUGAAGAAAGUGUAGAGAGUGUUGAAAGUAAAGUGUAA